UAUAGAGGUUAAAAGCGUGCAACAUAGAUCCUCUUACCACAACCACUUCAAUCUACUUAUCUAUAAAAAUGGAAAUUUUCAUGCUGCAGUUAGUCUUCAGUUGGAGCAUUCAUAGCAGGUGUAAAGCGAUGGACUUCCUUAUAGUGACUGUAUUAUUAGGCUUGUUGGCCAAUGGAAAAGCGCAGAAACCAGUUACUUCUGAUGAGCUUAAUAUUGAAGUUCCAGAGAUAACUGAGGAUUUCUUUGAAGAAAUCCUACAGUAUUUUCCUGGCUCAUCUGGAAUGUACGAACACUUCGCAAGUACUCCAGAGCCUAAAUUUGCAAAAAGCACCCACGAGCCUGAAGGUAUUGAAAUCACUCUUGAGCCUGAAGUGGUCAGAAGCACAACCGUACCAUCUUACAACGAGUUUUGCAAAGAUAUUUCCCAUGGAUUGCAUGAUAUCGAUGGCAAGUACCCGAAACUGAAGGCUCUGAAGUCCAAGCUGUACACCUAUUUCUUCAGUUCCAUGGCCGAAUACGAAAGGAAUCCUCACAAGAGAAAGAACAUCGCGUUAGACAUUCUCUCCGAGCUUAUUAAACUGCUCCAGAUGUUGCAGAAAAAGAUCGGAGACUGUCCAGUGAGACACGUUCCAGUAGUUUCAGUCCCUCCUGUUGAAGAGAUCAUCGCUGAAGAAGUUGUGUAUCCUCCAUUUGUUGGAUCAGUCAGAGGUAUUCCUGGAGUUAACUAUCCAAAUUAUACUGAAGUGCCUAUUACUUCGUUCUCGUGUAGCGACAAAAAAUACAUCCCUGGAUUUUAUGCAGACUUGGAAACUGGGUGCCAGGUUUUCCAUGUUUGUUAUGAGCAUCGACGAGAAAGUUUCCUUUGUCCUAUCGGUACUCUAUUUAAUCAGCCCAUAUUGGCCUGCGACUACUGGUACAGUUCUAAUUGCUCACUUUCUGAACACUAUUACGAUGUCAAUGAAGAGAAAGAUGAGGUUCACAUAUCCGAACCAGAAAAGGAUCACGUAGAGGAGCUUAUUACGACUAUUAUUGAGCAAGAAAAAACUACCAUUCCUCGUAUUGUGGUAAAAAGCAAAGAUAGUGUAAAAAUAGAUGCAGAUCUCGAUCAAAUCUUAAAGUUCUUGCCCGUUAAAGCUAAAGUUGUGGAGUUUCCAGAGAAACCGGCUCCCAAACUUCUACCAGUUCUUGAACCAAAGUUCGUCAAAGCUGCAGUUGCUAUUCCAGCAAUGAAAGUUGCAGCUAAAGUUGCUCCUAUUCUUAAAGCUAAAAUUGAAGAUGCCGUAAAGAUGAAGGUGGAAAAGGCCAUAAAGACUAAAGUUGCUGCUAAAGUUGUUCCAGUUGCCAAAAUGAAGGCAGUUGGCGCUGUCAAAGCAAAGCUUGCCACCGCUGCUGCAGCAGCUCCAGUUGUCAAGGCUAAGGUAUUAGCAGCUGCAGUCCCAGUUGUAAAAACUAAAAUUGCUGCUGCUGUACCACUUGUGAAAUCUAAAGUAAUUUCUGCAGCAGCUGGACCGCUAUUGAAAGCAAAAGUUACUGCAAAAGCGUUGCCCGUUGUAAAAAUGGCCGCUAUUGACGCGAAGUUGUUAGCUGCUGCAAAAGCUAAAAAGGCAGCAAUGAUUUCUCCUUUAACUAAAAAAGCUCUGGCUCUAGGCUAUUUGAAGUUGCUUAAAGCAAAGAAAUUUGCCAUGAUGGGUUGAUUUUUGUAUUUGUAAGUUUUGUUUUACAUUAAACUUAUCAGUCAACAAA